CGCUACCCCGCUCGGACGUACGCCCCGCGCCGUCCACCACAGCGUCCUGCCACUGCGACCACGAUAUCGACUCGGCCGUGCGACGACGACGUGGCUGCGACUCCCUGCUAGCCUGCUGUCCUUGCUCCACCGCCUUCCCGACGAACGCCGCCGUGACGGUAGAGGCGGCCACCAGGACGCCGACGACGACGACGAGGCUCGGCGUGGAGGCGCCACGCGCGGAACGCGAAAAGCAACAAGUGCAGUGCUGGACGGCCGCGACACGGCGUCGCUCGACGAACUGAAGCUGAACGAGUUCUGCGACCGUGGCGCGCCCGGGCCCGGGCUGGCUAUGAAGAUGAGCAAGGUGGGCAACCAGACCAACUCGCAGGACCCGCAGGCCGUCAACUCGCGGGUCUUCGUGGGCAACCUCAACACCUUCCAGUGCUCCAAGGCCGAGGUGGAGCGCAUGUUCCAGCGCUACGGCCGCAUCGCAGGCAUCUCCAUGCACAAGGGCUACGCCUUCGUGCAGUUCGCCAACCCACUGGACGCCCGCAGCGCGUGCCUGGGCGAGGACAACCGCGUGGUGCUGGGACAGACUCUGGACGUGAACAUGGUUGCUGACCCCAAGCCUCAUCAGACUGGUAGGAAAAGGCAAAAUGUCGCCAAAACUGGAAAUGACUGGGAAUACUACUACGAUAGCUACUACUCCACCGCGCCCUUCGCCGCCGUGGCGCAGAGGCUGGCGCCGCCCCUCAAGAGGCCCAGGCUGAUCGCGGCGCCCAGCAGAUCGGCCAGCAAGAAGCAGGCGCAGCAGCAACAGCAGCAGCAACAACAACAACAGCAGCAGCAACAAACGGCGCAGCAGCAGCAGCAACAACAACAACAGGUGCAGCAGCAGGUCCAGCAAGCGCAGCAACAACAACAUUCGCCGCAGCAACAGCCACCGACGACGACGACGCCGACCACCGUGAGCGCGGCUGACCUCUCGCAGCUCAAGACGUACAGCAACCCCGACGUGCUCAUCUGCGGCAACUGCAGGGAGCUGUUCACCGACCUGGGCGAGUUGAUCGAGCACCGGAAGUCGCACUGCAAGCUGAGGUUCGCGUGCAAGUGCAAGUGCAGGGCCACCACCACGUCGCCUUCUCGCACGCGCAGGCGCUGGCUUCCUGUUCCGCCGUGCUGAGCGACGAGCACUCCGACGUGAGCGCGGCCGCCGUGCUGACCAACGGCUGGCACAAGGAGAACGGCACCCCCGCCAUGGUGUGAGGGCCGCCGAGGACGCCGCCGAGGACGCCGUCGAGGACGCCGGAGGCUACCUUCGAGACUUCCCUCUACACCACCUCCACCGCGACACUCACUCUCGGGGCGCUGCUGACAUACCAUUGGCUACGUAUUUAUCAUAACUUAGGGUACAUAUCAAGUAAGAACACGUCAAGUGUGACCACAAACGCCAUAUCAUUCAUUUAAUUAUGUUCCAUACUUAGUGGAAGCAUUGAGGAUUAUAUUAAUAAUUAAAGUUUGUCUAUAUAUAUUUUUGUCAGAAAUGUUAUAGGUUUAUUGCGUUGUAAAUUCUUUGUUCUUCUUGGAAGAAAAUGAAGACUUGUCGCCCUUGUUUUUAGUAAGGUAUUCUUGUGUCAUAAGGUGGCACACCUUAAUCUUUUCUUUUGUUGAUAUGUAAAGUUCUCCGUUGUCUCAAUAUUAUAUAUUUACUUGUUACUUCCAUAUUGUUUGCGUUAUUGUUGGUAAUUUUUCAAAUUUUUGGGAAUUUGCUGUGUUAGAUUGUCCGGGCUGUAAGCCAGGCUUUGCGUUACGGACUUUACUCAUUGUGCCUAUAUAGAAUCGCAUCUUGUAUUGAUCUAGAAAAAUCAACUUUAGAGCCCAUCGAAUAGAUGCUCACAACAUUCAUCCUUGUUUUCGGAGCGAACUGCUGAAGCGCAAACUUUGAGAAUAGUUCCUUUGUCUAGUCAUCAAACCACUUUUAACGAAGUAAAACGUGUGAUAUGUAGAUUAAGCUGCACAAUUUUCGUUACUAAAGUUCUACCAGGAUAAAAUUUUUAAAUUAUUUAUAGCUUUAUGAUGUUGAUAUAGUUAAAAUGUAUUGUUUAUGUUGCUUUCUUUUCUUUUUGCGUGAACACCUUUCAUUUGUAAAUGGAAUCAUGAAAUACAUAGAAAGUUUGUUAAA